ACCCACUUCAGUAAGUCACUUGCGAAGAGCCAAGGUUCGGGUUGGCAGGGAAACCCGGAGGUUUCCACCGACAGACAUCCCGUGAUAUUUCCAUUUCAUACAGCCGCAAAAGAAACAUUGUGAACAUGGUGGUGGUAACGGCAGCAGGAAGUCACAAAGUGCUCCUGAUAUCCGGGAAGCAGUCCGGCUCAUCGAGCGGCACACAGACGGCCUACAGCCGGCAGAUCUCUCUGGUUCUACCGUCAGCGGCCAGCCAGGCGUCGUCGGACUCGGACUCCAACAUGUCCGUGGGGCCGCCAGUGCGGAAACGGCAGAGGCUCACUCAUUUGAGUCCGGAAGAAAAAGCGCUUCGCAGGAAAUUAAAAAACAGAGUGGCAGCCCAGACAGCAAGAGACAGGAAAAAGGCCAAAAUGGGGGAACUGGAACAACAAGUUAUAGAGUUGGAGCUGGAGAACCAGAAACUUCACAUCGAAAACAGAAUGCUUAGGGAAAAAACGAGCGGCCUCCUGACAGAAAACGAGGAAUUGAGACAGAGACUGGGGUUGGACACCCUGGACUCCAAAACAAAGGUUCAGACUCUACUGUCCAGCGGGAACGACGCAGGUUUGGGGAUCGGGUCUUCUGAGUCCGCAGCACUCAGGCUACGUGUGCCUCCGCAGCAGGUGCAGGCCCAGCAGUCUCCAAAUCUGAAGACUUCUCAAUGGAUACAGAUGGUCUUGACUCUGCAGACAAUGAGUCUGAUCUGCUGCUGGGCAUUCUGGACAUCCUUGACCCAGAGCUGUUCCUCAAGUCUUGCGAGCAGGAGUGCCAGGAGCCGCCUGUGCUGCUGGUUGGAGGGGGGCACCCAGUACCUGCCGCCUCACCUGCGCCUCUGGGGGCCCCAUCAGUUAAGCUGGAGACCCUUAAUGAACUGAUCCACUUCGACCACAUCUACACCAAGCCAGUGGAGGAAGUGGGCGGCGAGCAAUGCGACGACUUGGAGAGCGACAGCAACGACGAUGAGAGCGACGGGGCCUCCUUCACCGUCACCGAGGUCGUAGUCGGGGAGGAGACGAUCUGUGUGAAAGACGAGCCGGAGGAAGUGGUCAUCCCCACCUGUAACGACCGCAGUCAGGUGGAUGGCCUCUUCCCUGGUGCCUCCUCCCCUGCCCUCGGCACCCUGGAGAAGGAAGCCUGCCUUGCGGACACCUACAGCGACUCUGGAUACGAAGGGUCCCCCUCCCCUUUCAGCGACAUGUCCUCUCCCCUGUGUUCCCAAAGCUCCUGGGACGACAUGUUCGCCAGUGAACUCUUUCCCCAACUCAUCAGUGUCUGAAUUACAAAUCUGCCCCAGAAGUCUAUAUGAAAUGUUUAACAUAUUUUUUUUUUUUUUUUUUGUAAAUACACAAUCUAAUGUGUAGAGGUAAAUUUCGGUCGCAGUGCUCCUCUGAUCUCGCUAACGUAUAGACUAAACCCAAGUCCAUAAUUCUACAGCAGGUCUGUACCACUGCCAGCUCUGCAUCGACGUGUGGUAGAGUUCAGAGGGUUUAAGAUUGCCAACAAAUCUUUCACUCAUUCUUCAAAAUGAAACGUGGGUGGAUCCAGUAUUUAUACGUUUUUGUUUGGGAGGGAACGGGGACCCAUCGCUUAAAUAUUACACUUAUUUAUUUGUGUAUGGUCUCAGAGUCAGAUGUCCGCAUGUAAAACGUCUUGUCUUCACAUUUAUUUUAUUUUUUUGCUCGCUCUCCUUGUAGUCUAAUUUCGGUAUUAAAUAAUCAAGCAUUCAA